AAAGGACGAGAACCUUCUCGUCGCAGAGAACACAGGACCAUUAGCGAAUUGGUGAAGCAAUUUCAUAACCGAAUUCAACUAUUAAGAAGAAUACGAUAAAACCCGGUGAAGGUGCUGGCGCUACUUUGUUAAGAGAAGAAACCAUGGAGGGCUUCGGCUCUGAUGGCUCCGGCGACCUCCAGUGCAUUGGCAAGUUGGAGGUCGUCAGUCACAAGCCCGUUGGGUUCCUCUGCGGAACUCUUCCAGUUCCCACUGACAAAGCUUUCCAUGCCUCCGAUUCCGCUCUUGUUCCUUCUUCUCAAACGGUUAGUGCACCUCGGUAUCGAUUGCUUCCGAUGGAGACUGAUCUCAACACUCCCCCUCUCCUCUCCAAUUUCCCAGACAAGGGCUUCCCGAUAAGUGCCCUUCAUCCCAGGACCAGUGGAGAUUUUCAUUGGGAAAGUGGGGCUAUCACUCAAAAUCUUGCUAGAAAAUGUGAGAUGCUCGCUGUAUCUGGUCUAGUGGAAUAUGGCGAUGAGAUAGAUGUCAUUGCUCCAGCUGAUAUUCUGAAGCAGAUCUUUAAGAUGCCCUACUCCAAGGCUCGUUUAUCUAUUGCAGUUCAUCGUAUUGGUCAGACUCUUGUUCUUAAUACAGGGCCUGAUGUUGAGGAGGGAGAAAAAUUGGUUAGAAGACAUAGCAAUCAAUCUAAAUGUGUUGAUCAGUCUCUCUUUCUGAAUUUUGCCAUGCAUUCAGUCAGAAUGGAGGCUUGUGAUUGCCCACCAGGUAAAUAUGUCCCACACGAAGAGGAGUCAAACCCAACCAUUUUUCCAGGACAAUUUGACUCUACGAAGGGAUCUUUUGUCUCUCCUGAUCUUCCAAAUCAAGGCGAUACAUCACAGAUUCUUGGUCAGAGUGGUGGUGGCAGCCAGAGAGAAGGAUUAAAUGGCCAUGCACAGUAUCCACAAGGGAAUCAGGGUGAUUUUUUUUUGGGUGGUAAGAAAAGUAAGAGAAAUAGCAGGUGUGAUGCUGUCAAGAAAGCUUCACAAGUUGGUGAAAAGCCCAGAUGCACAGUGCAGGAAUCUGAAAAGUACAGGAGGGUUGGUGGUGAUGAUUUUCUAAGAGUUUUGUUUUGGAAAUUUCACAACUUUCGCAUGCUUUUGGGAAGUGACUUGCUUUUAUUUAGUAAUGAGAAAUAUGCUGCUGUGAGCUUGCAUCUGUGGGACGUUGCGCGACAGGUCACACCAUUGACUUGGCUGGAAGCCUGGCUUGACAAUGUCAUGGCAAGUGUUCCUGAAUUGGCCAUCUGUUAUCAUCAAAAUGGUGUUGUCCAAGGCUAUGAGCUUCUUAAAACAGAUGAUAUUUUUUUACUUAAGGGCAUCUCUGAAGAUGGCACACCUGCAUUCCAUCCUCAUGUUGUCCAACAAAAUGGCCUUUCAGUUUUGAGGUUCCUUCAGGAAAACUGCAAGCAAGAUCCUGGUGCAUAUUGGUUGUAUAAAAGUGCUGGAGAGGAUGUUAUCCAACUCUUUGAUCUUUCUGUUCUCCCUAAGAACCAUUCACCCAGUAACCAUGAUAAAAGCUCUAGCUCCCUGUCAUCUAUAAUGCAUAGAGGGAGAAGGGACUCCUUGUUUUCAUUGGGGACUCUUCUGUACCGAGUUGCUCAUAGACUAUCAUUUUCAGGGGGUGCCAAUGGUAGGGCGAGGUGUGCAAGGUUUUUCAAAAAAUGUCUGGAUUUUUUGGAUGAGCAGGAUCAUCUGGUUGUUCGUGCAUUUGCUCAUGAACAAUUUGCAAGGUUUAUUUUGAAAUACCAUGAGGAGCUUGAUUUAACAUCUGAAUCUGUUCCUAUUGAAUCUGAAGUUACAGUUACUGAUGCAGAAGAUGAACCCUCUGACUUAUCUCUAGGCAUGACUAGAUCAUUAAUCCAUGAUGAAUCAUGUUCUCAAAUUGCAGAAGAUGCACAGACUCCUUCAUCUAAAGAUGGAAAUAAUCUUCAAGAUUCACUGUCAGGGGAGCCCUCUCUGAAGAUGACUUUAGAAGCAAAUCUGUUUAGCCCAAAAAAAUUUGUUGCACCACAAAGAAUGGAUGGGAGAGGUUCAAAAGGAACUGUGCCAAGUUCUUGCAGUGAAGAUAGCCUUGCAGUAUGUGAGAUGGCUUCAGCUUCUGCACAUAUGGUUCAAACUGUUGCUGAUCCAAUCUCCUCGAGGUUAGCUGCAAUACAUCAUGUAUCUCAAGCUAUCAAGUCUCUCAGGUGGAAGCGUCAAUUACAGGACACUGAAUUAAAGCUGAUUGAUCAUGGUAGCAGCAUCCAGGAAAGAUCAUCUACCCCCUUUACUGUAUGUGCUUGUGGUGAUACUGAUUGUAUUGAAGUUUGUGAUAUUCGGGAGUGGCUUCCAAGAUUGAAAAUGGACCACAAGUUGUGGAAACUUGUUCUUUUACUUGGAGAGUCUUAUUUGCUUCUUGGGCAAGCUUAUAAAGAAGAUGGGCAAUUGCGUCAAACUCUAAAGGUUGUAGACUUGGCAUGUUCUAUUUAUGGAUCAAUGCCCCAACAUAUUGAAGAAGAACAGUUUACCUCAUCCAUGGUAAUUAGCACAUCCCAAUCAAAUUUUGGUAGUUUGAGUGGAAAGACAAGACCAUUCCUUGACAAACAAUUGCAUUCUGAUUUCACCGGAGAUUGCCUUCCUAUUGAAUGUUGCUCUUCCCCUUACCUUUUCUGGGCCAAGGCGUGGACACUUGUUGGGGAUGUGUAUGUUGAGCACCACAUGGUAAGAGGUAAAGAAAUACCAAUACACCCAGAAAGCAAACCUUGUAGUCGCAAAUUGAGAAUGCCAUCUGAAGUUAUGAAGGAGGUAAAAAGGCUCAAAAAGAAGUUGGGACAAUAUAAGCAGAACUGCAGUACUUGUUCCUUGAUAAACUGCAGUUGCCAGAGUGACAGGGCAAGCAGUGGUAACAGUGCAAGCAGUAGCACUGGAGAUGUCCAACCAUUAACUCAUGGUAGAAAACAGAGUAAAAGACUUAAUGCAAAGAAAUCUAAAGAUGCUCUUGUUGGAACUCUGGAUGAUAGCCAUGUUCAGAGCAAGGAAGAACCUGUGAAUGCUUUCGAAGGUGGAUGUUUACCUAACAAUAAAGGUGGUAACAAAUCUGUUGAAAAUUCUAAAACAAUAACAAAUAAUUUAGGUGAAGCAUCUUGGACCACUAAUUCUAUAGUUGAGGGUCCCUUGGAAGUGCAGGAUAGUGGGUCUUUAGCAGCUACUGAUGUUGAAACUAAUACUCAAGAAGCAUCCAAAGAGAAAACUGGUGGAAUUUUCAAAUUUCUUCAAGGGCCUGUAUUUGCAGAUGAAGAUUCCAAUCUUUCAUCUGCCAUAAGCUGUUAUGAUGCGGCUAGACAAGCAAUGGAUGGCCUGCCCACUGGUUUAGCAGAAUUACAAUCUGUACUUAAAAAGAAAGGAUGGGUGUGUAAUGAACUAGGUCGACAGAGGCUUGAAAGAAAAGAUUUGGACAAAGCUGAACUAGCAUUUGCAGAAGCUAUAAAAGCCUUCAGAGAAGUUUCUGACCAUACUAAUAUUAUAUUAAUUGAAUGCAACUUGGGUCAUGGCAGAAGAGCAUUGGCAGAAGAAAUGGUAUUGAAGAUAGAAAAUCUCAAGGCACAUGUGAUCUUCCAAAAUGCAUAUAACAAAGCUCUUAAUACUGCAAAGCUUGAAUACUGUGAAUCACUACGAUAUUAUGGUGCAGCCAGGUCAGAGUUGAAUGCUCUAGGGGAGGGCACAGGAUCAGUGUCAAGCACCUUGAGGAAUGAGGUAUAUACACAAUUUGCUAAUACAUAUUUGAGGCUCGGUAUGCUUUUGGCCAGAGAGGAUAUUACUGCAGAGGUUUAUGAAAACAGAACUCUUGAACAUCUGUCUUUAAGCCAUCUAAAUCCUCUUGAUAGGAGAGCUAGGAAAGAACUGAGGAAACAUGAGAUUUCAGCCAAUGAUGCUAUUAGGGAGGCUGUAUAUAUGUAUGAAUCACUGGGUGAACUGCGCAAACAGGAGGCUGCAUAUGCUUAUUUUCAACUUGCUUGCUACCACAGGGAUUGUUGUUUGAGGUUUUCAAAUGCAGAUCAUAAGCACAUUAAUCCAUCUAGAGGUGAGAGCAACAGUCUUCAGAAGGUUAAGCAGUAUGCAUCUUUGGCUGAAAGGAACUGGCAGAAAUCGAUAGAUUUUUAUGGAGCAAAGACACAUCCCAUCAUGUACCUGACUAUUCUUAUGGAAAGAUCAGCUCUUUCAUUGAAUCUCUCAGACAUUUUUCACUCAAACACAAUGCUGGAAUUGGCUCUAUCUCACUUGCUUGAGGGUCGUCAUAUAUUUGAUGAUUCUAUUGCAAAUCCUUUGAGGAAUGACCAUGCCGAAGUUUAUACCAAGUUUUGGAGUCAAUUACGACAAGUACUGAAGAAGAUGUUAGCAGUGGGCCUAUCAGGAAAUGCAAACAAGUGUUCUGCUACCCAGACAGCUUCAACGAAUAGUAAAUAUGGAGAUAUUGGGAAGCUGAAGGAGCUGUACAGGGUGUCACUACUGUCGACAGAUUUGAGUCAAUUGCAUUCUAUGUAUGAGUUGUUGAUGUCAUUAGCUCCAAUGGGCUCUGAUCCUGUUAUAUCCUAGUCUAAAUAUUCUGAUGCUUGUUAUGGAAACAGAUUCAGAAUGGAAAUUCUGGUUUCUGAACUUAGAUGCUCUGUAGAGUUGCAAGAGAUCAGAAUCAAUUCAGGAAAAAACACGACACGGAUAAUUUUGGUUAUA